AUGAAGGUGAAUACUUCGCUUCUGCUUGGCCUUCUGGGCCUAGCAUUCCAGGUCCAAGCCGACCCGACAUGGCCUUCGGACAUCGAUGAGUUGGAGGAGAUCAUGUACCAGAUGUUCAACGCCAGAACACGAAACUUCGCCGAUGCCGUCUUCCCCUGCACCAAAGAAACGAACGGUGCCGGCCGUCAAACCGCUGCCGAAUGGCUGAGGACUGCCUUCCACGACAUGGCGCCGGCCAACACAGCCACUGGGGUCGGCGGCUUGGAUGCGUCGAUUCAAUAUGAGCUCACAGUCGGCGGAGAGAACACCGGCCCUGCAUUUGCAUCUUCGAUGACCUUCUUUGCCCCCUACCUGACCCGCAAGAGCAGCAUGUCGGAUCUGAUCGCCCUCGGGGUGUACGCCUCUGUGCUGUCUUGCGGCGGCCCCUCGAUCGCUUAUCGUUCUGGCCGCAUCGACGCAGCCGCGAGAGGCGUCACCGGCGUGCCGCAGCCCGGGAAUGCCAUCCAGAUCUUCACACAGCAGUUUCAGCGCAUGGGUUUUACAGCGCAGGAGAUGGUACAGGUGACGGCCUGCGGCCACACCAUUGGCGGUGUGCAUUCGGCCGAGAACCCUACCAUCGUGCCUGACGGCACAUUCGCGAACGGCAUGGCACCAAUGGACUCGACAGCCGGUGUCUUUGAUAACAAGGUUGUUACCGAGUAUCUCGACGGUACCACCAAGAAUCCCCUGGUCUACACAAUGGGCACCGCUCGGAACCAGAACUCCGACUUCAAGGUCUUCAACUCGGACAACGCAACAAUGCGUGCCAUGGCCGAUAAUGCCGCCUUCAAAUCCGUCUGCAAGAACGUGUUGGAGAAGAUGGUCAACACCGUUCCAUCCGGCGUUACCCUCACUGAUGCCGUCAAGCCCUACACGGUCAAGCCGGUUGAGCUCCAGCUCUCGCUCGCCUCGUCCUCCACCAUGCAGCUUAAAGGCUUCAUCCGCGUCCGAACCACCGAAAUACCGUUGGACAAUAUUGCGGGUCUGACCGUCAACUACAAGACCCGGGGCGGAAGCUCCACCUGCGGAACCAGCAACUGCGUCUUCACUCUCUCAGUCCUGGGCAUCUCCAGAGGUUUGGAAGACAACUUUGCCUGGUUCCCCAUCACUCAGACCUUCCCCGUCAGCACCGGUAUCUCGUCCUUCACAGUCACUAUCAACAAGAAGGACGGCUCGAGCACGCUUUUCGACAACAACGGUCAAUGGUACCCUCUGCAGGACGGCAUCUUUCUGCAGCAGGCCCAGAGCUGCCUGCAGCAGACCGCCGGCGACGCUACCUUUGUCGUCGCAGUCCGCAACGACCGAGCGUCCCUGCCGGUCAGGGUGGAGAUUUCAUACAAGACGAAGCGCACGACCAGCGUUGUGCCUCUGCUGAGCAAGAUGACUGUCGACAUGGUCAAGGGAACCUGCCAAGGCAGCUACACUUUCUUCACCGUUACCACAAACAUCCCGGGCGGCCUCAGCUACCAGUCAACCAUGGAGUUCAUCAGCGGCGACGGCACGUCCGCCUUGGUCGACUCUUUCAAGAAGGCCAACCCCAUCGGGGGCACCUGCGCGGCAUGGGGCGGUGGAUCAGGCACUUGCAACAGCGUCACCGUUUCCUCCGUCCCAACGUCGACGACCGCCUCGGCCUCCCGCACCUCCAGUACGGUUCCCACCGCCACGCUUCAACACCGGGAAACCAUGGGAGGGUACAAGCUUGUGUCUUGUUGGACCGAGGCCACGAACGGCCGAGCCCUCACCGGCGCCGCCUUUGCAUACGACGGCAUGACCCUGGAUAGCUGCAUGGCCAACUGCACCGGGUUCGACUACUGGGGCACCGAGUAUGGACGCGAGUGCUACUGCGGCAACUCCCUGGUCGCCUCUACCACCGCUGCUCCCUUGAGCGACUGCAGCAUGCAGUGCUCCGGCGAUUCCACACAGUAUUGCGGAGCCGGCAACCGGAUCGAGCUCUACUCGACCACGGCCACUCGCAGUAGCAGCUCGACGGCUGCGCCGACGGCAACCCUCGCCCACAUCAACGCCAUCGGCAAGUAUUCGCUCGUGGGCUGCCAGACGGAGGCCGACGGUGCCCGUGCUUUGCAAGGCGCUCAGAAUGCUGCCGAUGACAUGACCCUCGACAAGUGUGCUACGUUCUGCUCCGACUACACCUUUUUCGGCACCGAGUAUGGUCGCGAAUGCUACUGCGGCAAUGAACUACAAUCUACCAGCAAGACUGCCCCCCUGAGCGAGUGCAACAUGAAGUGCGCCGGCAACCCGUACCAGUACUGUGGCGACGGCAACCGUCUCGAACUUUACAAACCCACCGUCUCGCCUUUCACCCUGGUGGGCUGCUGGACAGAAGGCAACGGCGUGCGCGCCUUGAGCCAAAAGAGCUACACCUCUGGCAACAACAUGACGCUCGAGUACUGCGCAUCAUACUGCUCAGACUACAAGUAUUUUGGAACUGAAUACAGCAGCGAAUGCUACUGUGGCAACUUCCUCGACAAGUCCAGCUCGACGGCUCCCUUGGCCGACUGUGCCAUGACCUGCAGCGGCAACCAGUACGAAUACUGCGGUGGCGGCAACAGGCUCACCCUGUACCAGAGCGACAAGCAAGUGACUGCACCCGCUCAGCCGGCCACCGCCGGAGCGUACACGUUCCUUGGCUGCCGUACGGAGCCCGCGCAGGGCGGACGUGCCUUGGACGCCAAGGCCACUGCCUCGGAUAAGAUGACGAACGCGGUGUGUGCGGCGUUCUGUGACGGCUACACCUACUUCGGCACGGAAUACGGCGGCGAAUGCUACUGCGGCAACACGCUGCCGGCCACUUCACUCGAGGCGCCGGCGAGCGACUGCAGCAUGUUCUGCACGGGAUCCGGCAACGAGUACUGCGGUAACGGCAACCGCCUCUCGGUAUAUAAGAAGUGA